AUGUACUCAGAUGUACUCUUUGUAGUGACAAGAAAUCUGGGCAUUGAAGCAUGUCGUGUCCAGGUUCGAGCGGUGCUCAGCCAUCGUUACCAGUAUCGCGUCUAUGCCACGAACGAGGCCGUUGCAGGUGCAGUCCUCGCGACCCCGGAAAUCUCAAUUGCAUCUCGGCAACAUGUGACUGGUGGCCUACCGGAUCCUCCGGAAACUGUGGUGUUGGGUUCUGACCAGAUGACAGUCCGCAUCGCUUGGAUCGAACCUCCAGGAGGGCGCUUGAAUACGCCAUGUCGCUAUCGAGUGUAUGUCGAUGGCAAGUUGGCUUAUGAUGGGGCAACGGACUCCGUCACGAGGGAGUUCACGCUGCUGAACUGCACACGCGGAGAGCUGCGCGACCUGGCGGUGGCUGCCGUCAAUGCCGGCGGAGAGACCUUGGCGACCUAG